CGCUCCUGGCUCCUCUUCCGGGCGGGCGGCGCGGCGGCAGCAGCGGCCAAAAUGAAGUUCAACCCCUUUGUUACCUCGGACCGUAGCAAGAACCGCAAAAGACACUUCAAUGCCCCCUCCCACAUCCGCAGGAAAAUCAUGUCCUCGCCCUUGUCCAAGGAGCUGCGGCAGAAGUACAACGUGCGCUCCAUGCCCAUCCGCAAGGACGACGAGGUCCAGGUGGUCCGAGGACACUACAAGGGGCAGCAGAUCGGGAAGGUGGUGCAGGUGUACAGGAAGAAAUACGUGAUCUACAUCGAGCGUGUGCAGCGCGAGAAGGCCAACGGCACCACCGUGCACGUGGGCAUCCACCCCAGCAAGGUGGUGAUCACCAGGCUAAAGCUGGACAAGGACCGCAAGAAGAUCUUGGAACGUAAAGCCAAGUCCCGCCAGGUGGGCAAGGAGAAGGGCAAGUACAAGGAGGAGACAAUCGAGAAGAUGCAAGAAUAGAUGGUUUCCUGAUUUACACCAUUAAAAAACUGCUAAAAUUCAA